GAUACCCAUAUCUGUACUAAAUGAAAGCUUGACAACAUAUUGGAAUUAGAAUACAUUAUGAUCAUAAAAUUCAAUAUAACAGCGAUUCAUGUAUGCCAAUUAUUAUAUACAUAUCAAGGUUUAAAGAUCACCUCCAUAAAUCCAACGGCAUUUGAAGUUUUGAACUUGACCGGGGUUCAAACCACUAACUGAUUGUGCGGCUAUUUUGAUGAAAUUGUUCAGAUUUUGAAGUCUCGACAUGGAACUAGAUGAGGAUAUUGUUCAUAUUUUAAUUUCUCGACGUGGAUUACAGGGAUCAUUUUUGUUGUCAUACUUAAGAGCUAGUCAAGAUGGUGAAGUUUACAGCAGAGGAGAUGCGGAAGAUUAUGGACUUGAAACACAAUAUUCGGAAUAUGUCCGUUAUUGCGCAUGUCGACCAUGGAAAAUCAACUCUCACCGAUUCUUUGGUGGCUGCUGCUGGUAUUAUUGCGCAAGAAGUUGCUGGUGAUGUCCGGAUGACAGAUACCCGUGCGGAUGAGGCAGAACGUGGCAUUACCAUUAAAUCCACUGGUAUCUCUCUCUACUAUGAGAUGACUGAUGAGGCUCUGAAGAAUUUUAAAGGGGAGAGAGAAGGUAAUGAAUACCUUAUCAAUCUCAUCGAUUCCCCCGGGCACGUUGACUUCUCAUCAGAGGUCACGGCUGCUCUUCGUAUUACCGAUGGGGCUCUUGUGGUGGUUGAUUGUGUUGAGGGUGUUUGUGUCCAAACUGAGACUGUGCUCCGUCAGGCUCUUGGUGAAAGGAUUAGGCCUGUGUUGACCGUUAACAAGAUGGACAGGUGUUUCCUUGAGCUGCAGGUGGAAGGAGAGGAAGCUUACCAAACUUUCCAGAGGGUUAUUGAGAAUGCUAAUGUUAUUAUGGCUACUUAUGAAGAUUCUCUCCUUGGAGAUGUUCAGGUCUAUCCCGAGAAAGGAACAGUAGCUUUCUCUGCCGGUUUGCAUGGUUGGGCAUUUACUCUGUCCAACUUUGCCAAAGCGUAUGCCUCCAAGUUUGGCGUGGAUGAGUCAAAAAUGAUGGAACGUCUCUGGGGGGAAAACUUCUUCGACACUGCUACCAAGAAGUGGACCGACAAAAAUACCGGUUCUCCUACUUGCAAGCGUGGUUUUGUUCAGUUCUGUUACGAACCUAUCAAGCAGAUCAUUAAUACCUGUAUGAAUGACCAAAAAGAUAAGUUGUGGCCUAUGCUGAAGAAGGUUGGUGCCACCUUGAAGGCCGAGGAGAAGGAUCUUAUGGGGAAGGCAUUGAUGAAGCGAGUCAUGCAGACAUGGCUCCCUGCCAGUAGUGCUCUCUUGGAGAUGAUGGUCUAUCACCUUCCCUCGCCUGCAACGGCUCAAAAGUAUCGUGUGGAAAACUUGUAUGACGGUCCCCUUGAUGAUGCUUAUGCCACUGCUAUUAGGAAUUGUGAUCCUAAUGGACCCCUUAUGCUCUAUGUAUCAAAGAUGAUUCCUGCAUCUGAUAAGGGUAGGUUCUUUGCCUUCGGCCGUGUCUUCUCAGGAAAAGUCUCAACUGGUUUGAAGGUUAGAAUCAUGGGUCCGAACUAUGUUCCUGGGGAGAAGAAAGAUUUGUAUCUCAAGAGUGUUCAGAGAACUGUCAUUUGGAUGGGAAAGAAACAAGAAACCGUUGAGGAUGUCCCUUGUGGUAAUACUGUUGCCAUGGUUGGUUUGGAUCAGUUUAUUACCAAGAAUGCUACCUUGACAAAUGAGAAGGAAGUUGAUGCACACCCGAUCAAGGCCAUGAAGUUCUCUGUCUCUCCUGUCGUGCGUGUGGCAGUCAAGUGCAAAGUUGCGUCUGACCUUCCCAAACUUGUUGAAGGUCUGAAGCGUUUGGCCAAGUCAGAUCCUAUGGUGCUGUGUACGAUGGAGGAAUCUGGAGAGCACAUUAUUGCUGGGGCUGGUGAACUCCAUCUGGAGAUUUGCUUGAAGGAUCUUCAGGAAGAGUACAUGCAUGGUGCUGAAAUUAUAGUUUCUGAUCCAGUUGUGUCCUUCCGCGAGACUGUCCUCGAAAAGUCAUUCCGUGUGGUGAUGAGCAAAUCGCCCAACAAGCACAACCGUUUGUACAUGGAGGCAAGACCCAUGGAGGAGGGGCUCGCCGAGGCUAUUGAUGACGGCGCUAUUGGGCCAAGGGAUGAUCCUAAAGUCCGUUCCAAGAUCUUAUCUGAGAAGUUUGGCUGGGACAAGGAUCUCGCUAAGAAGAUUUGGUGCUUUGGCCCUGAGACUACUGGUCCAAACAUGGUCGUUGAUAUGUGCAAGGGUGUUCAAUACCUUAAUGAAAUCAAGGAUUCUGUCGUUGCUGGUUUCCAGUGGGCAUCCAAGGAAGGUGCCUUGGCUGAGGAGAACAUGAGGGGCAUCUGCUUUGAAGUCUGUGACGUGGUUCUCCACGCUGAUGCCAUCCACAGAGGUGGUGGCCAGAUUAUUCCAACUGCUCGAAGGGUUAUCUAUGCUUCCCAGCUCACGGCCAAGCCCAGGCUUCUUGAGCCCGUAUACCUGGUCGAAAUCCAAGCUCCGGAGCAGGCUCUUGGUGGUAUCUACAGUGUUCUUAACCAGAAACGUGGACAUGUCUUUGAGGAAAUCCAGAGACCUGGUACCCCACUUUACAACAUCAAGGCAUACAUGCCAGUCGUCGAGUCGUUUGGUUUUUCAAGCACUUUGAGAGCUGCAACGUCAGGACAGGCUUUCCCACAGUCUGUUUUUGACCACUGGGAUGUGAUGCCAUCUGACCCAUUGGAGGCUGGAUCUCAGGCAGCCACUCUGGUUACCGAUAUCCGCAAGAGGAAGGGUUUGAAGGAGCAGAUUACUCCACUGUCGGAGUUCGAAGACAAGCUGUAGGUGUUUUUUUCGUAUCAAUUGUGGCGGCAAGAAGAUUAGAUUUGUAGAGGAAAAAGAUGGUACAAGUUGAGAAGAUCUUCCGCUUAGUUUUAUGGUGUUCUUAAAAGUAGUUUCAAGUCGUGUAGUUGCAUUAUAGGUGUUUUUUGGAUCUAGUAUUAGCAUUAGUUGCAGUUGGGGCAUAAUAUGUUAAUUUUGAUCUUUGAGCUCUUUUAUGGAUAUGGUUUUGUUAAAUGGACGUAAAUUGGGUCACGACUCAAUGAAGUAUAGUAGAACUUUUUUCCACGUCUCCUACAUUAUUUGUGACUAUUUUAUUA